AUGUCUGAAGGGGCCGAUUCCCAGCCGGUGGCUUUGGGGGCAUCCCGGGUCGAACUUCGGGUCUCCUGCUGGAGCCUGCCGGAAAGAGAAGCCAACAUUAAACCUGAUCCAUGCCUGAUUAUCCAGCUGCUCAGCGAUGGACAGUGGAACGAGGUGGGGCGCUCGGAGGUCCUGCACGGCGCCCAGAACCCCGUUUUCGCCCAUGUCUUUGCCCUGGAUUACUUCUUCGAGGAGAUGCAAAAUUUGAAAUUCGAGAUCUUUGAUGCUGAUGGAGAAAGUGAUUCUGACCUAGCCUGUGAGUCUGAGAUGCUGAUGGGCACCACCGAAUGCUCCCUGGGGCAGAUUGUCUCCCAAACCAAGGUCACCAAGGAGCUGGUGUUGCCAAGUGGAGAGAUUUUGGAGAAUUCAACCAUCACGAUCGAAGCUGAAGAGGUCUCCCGUACCAACAAGUUUGUACAACUGGAAUUUAGUGGUCAAGAACUGGAUGACAAGGAUUUCUUCAGCAAAUCCGAUCCUUUCCUGGAAAUAUAUAAAGUUACCGCUGGCGAGUCAGAGAAUCUGGUUUGGAGGACAGAGGUGGUGAAGAACAACCUCAGUCCUCAGUGGCAACCGUUCCGAAUUUCUUUGCAAUCGUUGUGCAGUUGUGAUCCUGAACGGCCUAUACGGUGCGUGGUUUACGAUCAUGACUCCAGUGGAAAGCAUGAUUACAUUGGAGAAUUCAGCACAAAUUUUCAAGAGAUGUUGCAGGCUUCCUCUGGAGAAGAGGUGAAAUGGGAUUGUAUUAACCAGAAGUAUCAAGAAAAGAAGAAAAAUUACAAAAAUUCAGGAUAUAUCGUCCUCACUCAGUGUAAGAUGGAGAAAGUUCACACCUUCCUAGAUUACAUCAUGGGUGGCUUACAAAUCUCCUUCACGGUAGCCAUUGAUUUCACAGCCUCCAAUGGUGACCCCCGAAGUGAACAUUCACUCCAUUUCAUCAACCCCCGGGAGCCCAACGAAUACCUGAAAACUUUGUCAUCCGUGGGCGAGAUCUGCCAGGAUUACGACAGUGAUAAACGGUUCCCGGCCUUUGGUUUCGGAGCGCGAACCCCUCCUGAUUUCAAGGUGUCUCACGAUUUCGCCAUCAACUUCGAUCCGGAGAAUCCCGAAUGUGAAAAGAUUCUUGGGGUGAUCGAGGCUUACAAGCGCUGUCUGCCCCAGAUCGAGCUGUACGGCCCCACCAAUGUGGCACCCAUCAUCAACAAGGUGGCAGGACCUGCAGCCGAAGAGGAGAAAAGUGGCAAGCCCACGAAGUACCGCGUGCUGCUUAUCCUGACCGAUGGUGUGGUGAGCGACAUGCCCGAGGCCUGCGAUGCCGUUGUGCGGGCGUCCCGUCUGCCUCUCUCCAUCAUCAUUGUGGGCAUUGGGAACGCUGACUUCUCUGACAUGCGGGAGCUGAAUGGGGACCGCGGGAUGCUGGAGACGGAGGAGGGCCGGGCCGUCCGCGACAUAGUGCAGUUUGUGCCCGUGAGGGAGUUUAAGAAGGCUCGCCCCAAUGCUCUGGCCAAGACCGUUUUGGCUGAAGUCCCCAAGCAGGUGGUGGAAUAUUACGGGAGCAAAGGGAUCCCCCCGGGGACACAGAAACCGUCCUCGCCACUGCCCCAGUGAGACCCCUCCCCACAA